AUGUCUCGGAGACUCACCACUAAGUGGAAUCACUUUGACACUCAAGAAGUUGGAGGCAUUUUUCCUGUUACUUUUGCUUGCGACUGGUGGAGUGUGGGUGCACUGAUGUUUGAAUUAUUAACAGGAAGGACUUUAGUUUCUUGCCAUCCUGGAGGAAUUACAGCCCAUUCAAACAUUACUAUUCCCACUCACAUUUCUGUGGAAGCACGUGAUUUAAUAAUAAAGUUAUUAAAGUAUAAUGUAUCUGAGAGAUUAGGUUCUGGACCACAUGGAGUAGAAGAUAUCAAAUCACAUCCCUUCUUCCUUGGAUAUAAUUGGAAUAAAGUAUAUUCAUGAAGAAAAUAUUUUAAACAUUCAUCACAUUUCUGUUUAGUAUGAUUUAAACAUUAUAUAUUAGUAUACAUGAAAUUUGAUC